AUGGUUCUGGCUUCAGGGCGUGCCCUCACAACAGACUUCACGGUGGUAUCAAGAGAGCACACGGGCAAGGGAAUGGGCCUGCUGCAACAGAGGUGUGUGGGGCACCUGCUCUGCAUAUUGAUCCUCCUGGAAGCUGCAGGGGUCUUGGUCUUGAUGUUUUAUGCUCUGCUGUGGGAAGCCGGGAACGUGGUCAAUCUCCCUGACAAGCGUAUCGGCUUUUACAACUUCUGCCUAUGGAACGAGACAGCCGGGGAGCUGCAGUGCCUGCAGUACAGGCAUCUGCAGGUGGUUGGCAUCAGCCUACCAGGAAUAGUCCUAGCCAGGGUUUGUGUGUACUCUUGCCUGGUCUUCAACAUCUUUUACCCCCUUUUUGUUGCACAUGUGAAGUGCAUGGAAGACACAGAGGGCUGGAAGGCGAUUCUCAUCAUACUUGUCAUCAAGCUGAUGAUACUGUCCGGAGGCCUGGGUACAUUCCUCUUCCAGACCUCACAUUGGAUUCACCUCUUUGAAUUCACUGGGGGCUUCCUGGCACUGCUUGGGGCUCAGGCUCUGCUGCUGCUCCAGAUAUUCACUGCCACUACGUAUCUUAGAUGGGCCCGGCAUAAGUACCCAUGUCAGAGCCCUUUCCUUGUUGAGAUUUGA